AUGGAGGAGAGUAAUGAGACGACAAAGACCUCCGUGGAAUCGCUUUCGGAGGUAGUGGUAGCGGGCAUCCAUGGACAAGCAUUGCACAAGGCCCCCCCAAAUACAGUGGAAAAGAAGUGGCCCACAAGACUCUCCUAUCUGAAGAGAGUUGCUGGUACUACGACCUCAGCUCAGCUCCCCACCCUCUGGCACGAGCUAGCAAAGUGUAAGAAGCACGAAUCAAUUGGAAUUGUGCAGUCCCUGCUGGAUGAUGAGGCCGAAAAACUGAACCUCAAUUUGGAAUUCAUCGUUUCAGCCCAAGUAAUCAAGAGCCUGGUGGAAUUGGAAUUUUGUUCGCGCGGCGACGUUGAAAAGGGGUUGAACGUGUUUAAUAGUGUCUGUUUCCAGCACUACAAAAAUGCAAACGCAAUCAACGAUUACAACAAGAGCGAUUACUGGUUGACGGGCGAAAAGACGACCAUGUCAAUGAAGGAUCAUCAAGCCUACGACAAGAUCAAGCACGCUAUCUUCCCAAGGGAUCCCAUGCAGUUCCGUGAGAUGGUCAAUGGUAUGCGGGUAUUCUACCGUUUAGUGUUUGGAAAAACACAUCCACUGACAGUCAUGUACGAAAAGUUUGCAAAGAAUGUGGAUUCGAUUGCACAAAAAAUGGGAGUGUCCCAACAGGAGCGAGCACUCGAGCGUUUUCUCUUCGGAAUCUAUUCCCAAAUUGAUCGUUACUUUGAGCAUUUGGUGAGGUCCCGCACAAACGCAGAAGAAAACCUACCAGACUUGGGCACCUACAUGGAGACAUGCUACCAUGGAGGAAGCCUACCAGAGUCAAGCUUGUUUGUUGUCGCCAAGGACCCUGUAGGACCAAGUGGAACAGGAGACAAGACAGAGAGUCAGCUGAAGAGAGAGAAGGAAAGGGCCCAAAAGAAGAGCCUGGGCGAAUCAGUAAAAAACCCUGACAUGAACAAAGAACAUCGCUACACCGGAAGAACUACCUCUGAGUUAAUCAAACGGACAGGCGAACAGCCUCCAAAGCACGCCAACGGAAAGGAACUGUGCCUCAUUUGGCACACAAAGGGCGAAUGCAAGGAGAACUGUGAACAUGAUGCUGCACCAGAUAUUGAUAAGCUUCCGCACCCUGCCGCACCAAUGCUACACCGAGUAAUGAAAAAUGGGGCUCCUGUGGUGGUUCAUUCGGAGCCAUGGAGCCAGAGCCAACUUGACAUGCGAGUCGCUUGGGGCUGUCACUCAUCAGCAAACGAAUUCAAAGAAUUUCUGAUGGAGGAGUUUUUGGAUUUUGGAAGGAAGGGAUUUUUUAUCCUACUUCCAUAUGACGCCAUCAAGGACGAGAAAGGACUUCGCCUUUCUCCAGUUGGCUGCGUACCACAAGAUACCAGAAGACCGCGGAUGAUUGUUGAUUAUUUGUUCUGGGGACUCAAUGACGAGACAAUGAAACUCGCCCCAGAGGGAGCUAUGCAAUUCGGCGCGGCCCCACUGCGCAUCCGCAAGGCACUCAUGAAGGCAAACCCGGAAUAUGGGCCAGUUUACAUGUACAAGAACGACAUGUUGGAUGGUUUUUACCGCAUCCGGCUGUCAACUACCGGCGCACUCAAGCUUGGGAUCAUUUUACCGCGUUUUGAAGGACUUCCACAAUUGGUUGCACUACCACUUGUGCUUCCAAUGGGUUGGACAGAGAGUCCAUCAUGGUUCUGUGCUUUCACGGAAACUGUUGCCAACCUGACAAAUGUUGACUUGCAACAAAACAAGCGAGUGCCACCGCAUCCAUUGGGAAGGGCAGCAGCCAUCACUGACUUUGAAGUGAGGGACACACAAGUCGUGAGACCUGUACCACAAUCUCACCAGCCACUGACUUACCAGCGCCCAUUGAAAAAAAUGGAAGUCUUUGUGGACGAUUUUGUUGGAAUGGGCCAAGACCAUCCAAGCAAUCCUUUGACAAAUCAACGAGCCGUCCUCAGCCACAACAUUGACAAGGUCUUCGGACCAAAUCGACCCACAGACAAUCAGUGGCGAAAAGAGCCACAGUCAAAAUCGAAAAUGGCCAAGGGUGAUGCCUCUUGGCACACAACCAAAGAAGCCUUGGGUUGGAACUGGGGAGUGACAACAAAGACAUUGCAAUUGAAAGAGAAACAAGUGAGCAAGGCCCUGUCACUCCUGGGUGAGGUCUUGGAUUGCAAACGCGUCUCCCUGAAACAAUGGCAGCAGGUGGUGCGGUUGACUCCUGAGGUCCGUGAGCAACUGGAAAUCUUCCAAGAUUUUCUUCAUGGCCAUGCGAAGCGCCCCACAACACUUGAAGAACUGGUACCAGGCGUUGACUUACACGUUGGCGCUUGCGAUGCGGCAAAGUCGGGAAGGGGAGGAGUGUGGUUCACAGACGAUGGAGAGGCCAUCGUCUGGCGCGAACCAUACCAAGAAGCAGUGAAAAAAGAGGUUAUUUCGGCUGUCAUGGCCAUUUACCAUACGGAGGUGAGUCCAGUACUGUUGAACCAGUGUGAGGCAUCCAAUCCCAGGGAAGUUGCUCUCAUCGGAUAUUACAUUGCACCCUUGCACAUGUAG